AUGUUUUCGCGCGACGCUAUUAGAGCACUAGAAGAAGGUUGCCUUUCUGAUUUAGAAUUAUCUUCUGAUGACGAAGGACCAGUUGGACCUGCGUCUGAACGGGAACUACGAUGUGUCCGAGUGGGAGCAGAUGUCAUCAGCCGGAACCAAAGAGAAAUAUUCACCCCAGCUUUGGAUGGUGAUGAUGAAGACGCUGGCUCAUCGUGGGUUGAAAUGAGUGAUAACUUUUUACCAGAAGUGCCUUCCGCCUCUGAAGAUACGCUUUUACAGAAUAUUACGCCGAAGCAUAGUAUUAGGUGGAGACACAAGGAAAUAGUAAACACAAUUUCACCAGCUUGGUUUCCACCCAUUUCUAUUGAUCCCAGAGUUGAAAGCCUAGUAGAUUAUUAUAACAGAUACGUGCCUAAACAAUUAUUUCAGGUUAUGGCUGAAAUGACAAACUUAUACGCUACAUAUUCCAAUAAAGUAAGGUUUAAACCUACUACUGCCAAUGAAAUAGAAAUAUUGUUUGGAUUGCAUUUGGCCACUGGAAUAUUUGGGUACCUUUGUUUGAAAAUGUAUUGGGAAACAAAUAUCAGCAUUCCCUUGUUCACUGAAAACAUGGCAAGGGACCGAUUUUUUGAGCUGCGUAACAAUUUACAUCUGGUUGAAAAUACAGCAAUACCAGGUAAUUCUAAAGAUGUGUUUAUCAAAGUGCGCCCGAUCUUUGAUGCUGUUAGAAAGAGGUGUUUAGAUUUACCACUCGAGAAAAACCUUUGUGUUGACGAACAGAUUAUUCCUUUCACCGGAAAACAUAUUGCCAAACAGUAUAUAAAGGGCAAGCCUUGUCCAUGGGGUCUGAAAAUCUUUUUUUUAUGUGGUAAACAUGGUCAAGCUUACGAUUUUAUCCUUUAUCAGAGUUCCAGUCCAGAAUUAGAUAAUAAUUUAACAAAAAAAAUUGGAUACGGUGCAGCUGUAGUCCUUCAUCUUACUAAGAGAAUUGGAGAAAGCAAAGGUCACCAGCUAUACUUCGACAAUUAUUUUUCGUCCUACCAUCUGCUACAAAUUUUAAAACAGAGAGGAAUAAUGGCUGCUGGCACUAUCCGUAUCAACAGAUUUGUAAAACCAUCAUUACUAAGCGACAAAGAAAUGAACAAAAAACCGCGAGGCUUUGCUCAAGAAAUCACUAGCUAUGAUGAAGAUGUAACUGUGGUCAAAUGGUUGGAUAAUAAGAUUACCCAUUUAGCAUCUAAUUUUGUUGGAAUUGGUGAAAAAGAUUUAGUGAAGAGGUGGUGUAAAAAAGAUAAGCACUUUAUUGAAGUGGAACGUCCCGAAGUUGUAAGGAAGUACAAUCAUGCCAUGGGAGUAGUAGAUUUGCUAGAUCAACUCAUGAGUUACUAUAGGACGUUUAUAAAAUCAAAAAAAUGGACCUUACGCAUGAUAUUCCAUGCAUCAGAUUUAGCAGUAGUUCAAGCAUACCGAGAAUACCAAGUCGAUAACGAGGCGCUUAGCAUACCUAAAAACAAACAACUGACAUUGCUUCACUUUCGGCGUCGGUUGGCUGAAAGUCUGGUGUUGCAAAAUAAAAUUUCGAUGGGUAAAAGGGGCCGUCCAAGUAGCGGUAGCCCAACUCUUCAAAUUGUAUCUAGGAGACCAGGAGAGACACGCCCAGAAGCUGAAAUAACUCGAGACGGUUUUGGGCAUUUUCCUGCACACGAUGAGGGGCUUGGGACACGGUGUAAAAUGAUGGGAUGCAAGGGAAGAACCCGAAUCAAAUGCAUAAAAUGCAAGGUUCAUUUAUGCCUAACUAAGGAUAAGAAUUGCUUCUUAGCAUUUCAUACAUAG